CAAAAUAAAAUGUUGUCUCCUGUCGAGCUGCAGUUUCACCAUUUCCUCCACGUCGUUCUCAGAUGUUUGUUCUUCUCGUCUCUGAAGGUGAUGGAGGACACGUUCACCUCUGACACGAGUCACCUGAAUGAUGCCGCUUUGUUCGUUAAUGCCGACUGACUUGCCCCGUGUGGGAAUGUCGGCGUGAGCGUCGCCACACGCCCUGCAGUGACUCAACCGCAGCACCUUUGAAAGAUCUGAGCUGCAUCUCCAUCCGACACUUGGACCUCCGACCUCCAGCUGACGCCUUCACGCCGCUCCGGUAAGAGACGUCCGUCUGCUGCACCACACUUAAAAAAAACUUUCUGCUGAGACCUCCUCCGACCAUGCGGGCCUCCCUCGUCCUCCUGCUGCUGCUCCCCCUGGCCUCGGCUCAGACCUUCGGCUGGGGUCCCUGCAAGACCCCCGAGGUUCAGGCCAACUUCACCCUGGAGGAGUUCGUGGGAAGCUGGUACCUGGUGCAGAAGCUGCCGGCGUUCUCCGCUCCGGGGAAAUGCAUCCGGUCCAACCUGACCCUGAUGGAGAACGCCACCGUCCACGUGACCAACUCCCACUUCCUUUUCGGCAGAGAGUGGCAUUUCGACGGCGUUCUGGUCACGCCGCACAGCGACGAGCCGGCCAAACUUCUCGCUCAUUUUGGUAAAUUCGUCCCCCCCGUCCCAGACUGGGUCCUGGCCACAGACUACUCCUCCCACGCCGUGGUCUACUCCUGCAUGGACUUCUACCACGUCUUCCACGUGGAGUACGCCUGGAUCUUCUCCCGCUCGCCCUCCCUGACCCCGGAGGUGCUCCAGCGCUGCAGGGAGGUCCUGGAGGAGGAAGGAGUCAAGACCUCCAGGCUGCAGGAGGUGGACCAGGACUGCAUGGAGCCCCCCCUCAGCGACUGAAUGUAACGCCAUGAAAUCUGACUUUGAAAUGAUUCACUUGAUUUGAAAAAGGGCAGAAAUCCUUCAAUUUUUCAUCUUCUGAUGAAGAAACGCUCAUAAAUAAAUCUGUCAAAGCAAAUAAAAAAUAGGAAAAUGAUUAUUUAAAAUCUUCUUUAUGUUUUCACUUCUUUAAAGAUGUUAUUUGUGCUGAAAAACAUGAAGUUAAAGUUGAAAAAUCUGAUUUAAACAAAUGAAAUGUUUCUGUUCUUGAAUCUUUUGUGGGAUUGAAUAAAUAUGGAUCAGAGAUCA